AUGGCGCCGAAGUUCGACCCCAACGAAGUGAAGGUGGUGUUCCUCCGCCAGUAUGGCGGUGAGCAGGCCCCGAGCUCUGUGCUGGCUCCAAAGGUUGGCCCGCUCGGAAUGUCGCCCAAGAAGGUGGGGGACGACAUCGUCAAGGGCACCAGCCAGUGGAAGGGGAUCCGGGUGACGGUCAAGCUGACGAUCCAAAACCGCGCGGCCAAGGUGGACGUGGAGCCCAAUGCGACCAGUCUCAUCAUCAAGGCAUUGAAGGAGCCCCUUCGAGACCGACGCUUGCCUGCGCUUUGCCGCUACUGCUACGGUAGCCGCUACGACCUGAGCAACCGUCCAUGUAUCCGCAGCUUUCAAGGAAAGAAGACGAAGAACAUCAAGCAUAGUGGCAACCUCACAAAGAACGUCUUUCUGGACGUGGGGGGUUCUGUGCAGGUUCAGACAUCGUUCGCGCUAAUCGUGGUUGACAUUUGCCGCCAGAUGCGAAAGAAAAGCUUGGCAAAGGAGUUCAAGGGCACGGCAAAGGAGACCCAGUGCCGAAGGAAGCAGUUGAGCAGGAGGUCAGCCAAGUCUCAGUUCGUGCAGGAGAUCUUGGGCACCUGCUUCGCUGUCGGCUGCACUGUGGACGGCCAGAAGCCCAUCGCCCUGCAAGAGGCCUGCUGUCGGGGAUGGGGAUGGUGUGGCAGCGACGUUGCCACAGCAUGCUGUCCCCUCACAACACUUGCACUAUGCACUGUUGUAGAGGCCAUCGACAACGAGGAGUGGGAGCUGCAAAAGCUGGAGACCCACAAGCAUCGCAGCUGCUUCAUGGGCUGUUGGGCUCGCAGCGGGAUCGCGUGGCCUCGCGCAGCCCUCGCAGCCAUGGCGCCGAAGUUCGACCCCAACGAAGUGAAGGCAUCGGCCUCCGUGAGAAGAACCGCCUUUCUUGGCCUUUGUGUGCAAGCGUGUAACGAGUGCAAUGUUUGGCCUGUGCCUGCGCCCGUGCAAUCCUGUGAAGGUGGUGUUCCUCCGCCAGCACCGCAGCCGCAAGUUCUUCGCAAGAUGUUGCGCGCAAUUUUGAAUCUUCCUGGUCCGCAAGUCCGCCAGCCCCAUGAUCUCGAAGUGGAUGGAAGUGGCCCAGGUAUGGCGGUGAGCAGGCCCCGAGCUCUGUGCUGGCUCCAAAGGUUGGCCCGCUCGGAAUGUCGCCCAAGAAGGCGCCGCGCGCUGCUGGAUGUUUUAUGCUCCCGUACGGGCACAGUCCUGGUGUGCCAGGUGGGGGACGACAUCGUCAAGGGCACCAGCCAGUGGAAGGGGAUCCGGGUGACGGUCAAGCUGACGAUCCAAAACCGCGCGGCCAAGGCUUCACUCGGUGUGGACGUGGAGCCCAAUGCGACCAGUCUCAUCAUCAAGGCGUUGAAGGAGCCCCUUCGAGACCGAAAGAAGACGAAAAACAUCAAGCAUAGUGGCAACCUCACAAAGAAUGUCUUUCUGGACAUUUGCCGCCAGAUGCGAAAGAAAAGCUUGGCAAAGGAGUUCAAGGGCACGGCAAAGGAGACCCAGUGCCGAAGGAAGCAGUUGAGCAGGAGGUCAGCCAAGUCUCAGUUCGUGCAGGAGAUCUUGGGCACCUGCUUCGCUGUCGGCUGCACCGUGGACGGCCAGAAGCCCAUUGCCCUGCAGGAGGCCUUUUCAAACUAUGCACUCCACAACUCUCGAGUCGGCCAGCAAGUCUGCCAGCUGAGUAUUUUUGUGGACGCGGUUUGCCUUGCAUGCUUGGUCGACUCGGCAGACAUUCGCGGUGAGUGGCAGCUGGGCACGGUGAGGUCGCGCGACGUGGUAGAGAUCGCACAGGCUCACGGCCCGACGGCAAUGCCAACGUUGGCUCUCGUGCCCCAUUUGGGCUGGCACUUGCGCUACGAGAUGCACAUCGUGGAUCUUUCAGAGGCCCUUACAGCUUUGCUUCGCGACCGCUCUGCGUCUCCCAAGAGCCAAGCCAAAGCAGUGGCCACAUUGUCCCAAAAUGGCUGGAUUCGGACUACGCGACAGUAUGCGGUAGCCAUCGCCGCCUUGGCAAGAGCUGGUGAUUGGCAGAGUGCGCUGGAUCUACUCUUUCAGAUGGUCAAGAGCGAGCUCGACCCAGACCCCAAACCUUUUGGUGCUGCCAUCAAUGCCUGCUCCAAAUCCAGCCAGUGGAAGCAUGCAAGUGCACUUCUUGAAGUAGCAGAAGCAGCUGAAGUGAGCAUGGGGCCAAUUGGCGUGAACACGGUCAUGGGCGCCUGUUCCCGAAGCCAGAAGUGGAGAGAGGCCCUCCACCUCUUCAGCACGGCUACAGCUCCCGAUCUGACAACCUUCAAUACGGCGAUCGCGGCAUGUGCACGAGCAAAGAGCUGGCAACAGUCUCUGCUGCUGCUUGAGGACAUCCCACGGCGAAAGUUGGCCCGUGACACCUUCAGCUUCAACUCUGCCAUGAGUGGGCUGGCUGGGAGCCGGUGGGUGGCUGGGAUAGCUCUCUUGGAGCUCAUGGUAUCAGAGCAGGUUGCACCGGAUACCGUGACCUACAACUCCCUGAUGGAUGUCGCUCCUCAGAAAGCUCCGGAGAUCUUCAGACAGAUGCUUCGCGAGGAGGUGAGACCAACGGUCAUCAGCUUCAACACCGUCAUUGCUUCAUUUGCUGCGUCCUCCCACACAUCCAGAAAUCAACAAGAAGCCCUGCAUUUGUUACAGGACAUGGAGAGAUGGCGCCUUGUGCCGAACUUGAUCACGUUCAACAGCUGCAUCGUGGCAUGCGGCGACUGGCAGCAAGCGCUGGCAAUGCUUGAAGCGCUUGAGGACCAGCGGCUGACUGCGGACACGAUCACCUUCAACAGCCUGCUGCGCGCCGCCGACGGCAACCUGCCGGCGGUGCACAUGAUCCUGGAAGCGAUGUGCUGCCGCAGGCUGAAGCCCGAUCUCCUGAGCUGCAGCAGCGCCAUUGCUGCAUGCACUUCGGGAGGCCUGUGGGCGGCAGCUCUGGAUUUCUUGGCGCAAGUUCCAGGACAUCCGGACGUGCCGGUGAUGAAUGCCGCGAUGACGGUGUGCGCAGAGGCUGGAGAGUGGGAGCGAGCGCUGCUGCUGCUUCAUCAGUUUCGCCUACAUCAUCUGGCUCCGGACGUCGUCAGCUUCAACUCUGUCAUGACGGCGUGCGAGAAUGGUCAGCAGUGGGAUUUGGCUGUCUGGCUCCUUCAAGACCUUCGCGCUCGCCGCCUUCGGCCAUCCCUGAUCAGCUACAGCUCUGCAGCAAGCGCCUGUGAGAAGGCAAAGCAGUGGAUGCAAGCGGUGAGCUUGCUCCUCACCCUUCAACAGUCUGGGCUGCAAGCCGAUGAUAUCGCCUUCAACACGGUCACGAGCGCUUGUGGCCAUGGGCGACAGUGGAAGAAGGCGCUGGGCAUUCUGCAACUCCGGGAGGUUCACGGGCUCCCCUGGGAGCUGGUCACCUGCAACGCAGCCAUAUCUGCAUGUGCUGCUGGUCUCGCGACUGCUGCAGCCGUGGCGUUUCUGGGAAGGCUCCGAACUGCGCAGCUGGAACCCAGCGCAGUGACCUGGAAUUCCCUGAUGGAGGCCUGCGGGGAUACGUGGCGGCUGAGUGUCGAUCUGUUGAGGGAGAUGGAAGAGCAGCAGUCCGAAAUAGACAUUCUGGCGCUGGCUUCCGUGGUGUCAUCUCUGCGCCAAGGCAAGGGAAGGACUUUCAUGUUCAAAAAGUAG